UCCAUAACCACUUCGAGACUGUAAUACGCGGUCCAAGGCCACGGUGGACGGUCAAGAUCGAAAAAAAAGAAAAAAAAACGGAAGGGUGACGGUCAGUCAUCGGGAAUUUUCGGGGUGAUAACGGUGCGCUUAGAUCUUGGUGAAAAGCGAACAAACUCGGUGGAAAAAAAAAAAAACCAUGAGAAUAUUCGCGUCAAUCGUUUUUAUCCUUGGACUUGCUCUGUAUGUUCAUUGCGAGACGACGGAGGAAGGCAAUCAAGAAGAGGAUGGCGUCGGCCUUCUCGAUUGUAUGCUCGCAAGCAACACCGGAAGUUGUCUCAGAUCGAGACUGUCUCGUGACUUGGAUCAAAUCGAAUUGGAAGUUACCGGAAAGAAGAGUGAACCGCCGAUGAGCACGGUGGUCGCACAGGCUGGCAAUAUCAUCGCGGAGAUCGUUGAUGAUCUACAAGAGAACGGCGCCGAAGGAAUUAUCGAAGAAGAUGAUGCUGAAGACGAAAAUGCGGAAGAGGCGCGCAAGAAGAAAUUCGGCAAGAAGAAGAAGAAGCAUCUGCAAAAACUCCUGGCACUUGCAAUGUUGAUAAAAGCGAAGAUCGGCCUGCUGCUGCAGCUCAUCAGCACGCACUUCCAGCUCAAGUUCUUCGUCAUCGCCGUCGUAUCAUUGAUACUGAACGCCGCUAGGUUCUGGAUAGAGAUCAAGAAAAAUCACCCCUCCAAGGUUAUCUACUACGAACACGCACAACAUCAGCAUCACUACGAUCAUGAUGAUCAUGAACACGGUUAUUGGGGAAGAUCAUCGAAUGAGACACCUCAAGAGCUCGCUUAUCGUGCUUAUGUGCCCACGGAAUGAUAUUAGAAUUGCACAAAUCUGACCGAAGAGACAAGAGAUUUUGCGCUAGAAAGAUCAAAGAAGAAUCGAAAAAUGACGCAAUCUCAUUGUAAAACAAUUACAGUCACAGUCUUUAUUUUAGAAAAGAUUCUAGAAAAUUUUCAGUCUGGAAAUAUUUAAGACACCAUGCGCAUUGAGCGAUAUUUAUUUAUUUUUUGUAUUCUAUACAUUUAUUUAUUUAUUUAAUUUAUUGCAUCGAAGCCAAUGUUAUCCGAUCGUUUUGAGUUUAUUUAAUAACAAAUGAUCGCAGAUUUUUAUCUGAAUUGUAAUUAUCACAUAUAAAAAGAAUAUUCGAUUCCUAAUCGCCUUAGGUUAUACCAAAGUUACUUACGAGUACCUGUUCUAUUACGCCACGCAAAGAUUUUUUUAGGAUCAGCUAUUGUAAUUAAAAGAACAUACUAUUACUCGUAUCGUGACUUAGCAAAUACGAUUAAAUCUAAGUUUAACAUUUUCUGUGUGUGAAUAUUUACGUAAGAUAAUAAUAAAAUGUUAAAAAUGCUAUGCAGCUCAAAGAGAGAAUCUUUCUUUAUAAGACAAUAAUAAUUUACAGUAGCAGAAUCAAAUAAUUUCUACA